AUAAAUAGUUUCACCGAUUUUUAUAUUGGCUACUGUGUAGUAGUCAAGACUAGACUGUAAGUGAACUUUUCUAAAAGUCAAUUGUCUAUGUUGCUCUGCAAAUGGAGAUCAUGCUUAGAAACUUCAGAGACUGAACAGUAAAUUCCUUAAUCAACAAUGAUGUCAGAAUAAUGACCCAUUAAGGAUCUCAUAAAAAUAAGUAACUCAUUGAUCUUUGUCUGCCCCAUCCUAUGUUCAGCAGGUUGGCAACGUUGCAAGUCGCAUCGUACAACAUGUUGAGAUUAAGGCUCUCCUCCACAUUCUCCAUGGGAUUUCGUCUGUUAGCUAUUGUGGCUCUCCUGUUUUCCCAUGUGGACCAUAUAAGUGCUGAGACAGAAAUGGAAGGGGAAGGAAAUGAAACUGAAUGUACCGGCUCAUAUUACUGUAAGAAAGGGGUGAUCUUGCCCAUUUGGGAGCCCCAAGAUCCUUCUUUUGGGGACAAGAUUGCUAGAGCUACUGUAUACUUUGUGGCCAUGGUCUACAUGUUUCUCGGAGUCUCUAUCAUAGCUGACAGGUUCAUGUCCUCAAUAGAAGUCAUUACAUCUCAAGAAAAAGAAAUUACCAUCAAAAAGCCCAAUGGAGAGACCACCAAGACUACUGUGAGGAUCUGGAAUGAGACCGUUUCUAACUUGACCCUGAUGGCCCUGGGAUCUUCUGCUCCAGAGAUUCUGCUUUCAGUCAUCGAAGUGUGCGGCCAUAACUUCACUGCAGGAGACCUGGGUCCUAGCACCAUUGUGGGAAGUGCUGCCUUCAACAUGUUCAUCAUCAUUGCGCUUUGUGUUUAUGUGGUCCCAGAUGGAGAGACCAGAAAGAUAAAGCACCUGCGUGUAUUCUUUGUGACUGCAGCCUGGAGCAUAUUUGCCUAUACUUGGCUCUACAUCAUCUUGUCUGUUAUCUCGCCUGGUGUUGUGGAGGUCUGGGAAGGUUUACUUACUUUCUUCUUUUUUCCCAUCUGUGUGGUGUUUGCUUGGGUAGCAGACAGGAGGCUUCUGUUUUACAAGUAUGUCUACAAAAGGUAUCGGGCUGGUAAACAGAGAGGAAUGAUUAUUGAACACGAAGGAGACAGGCCAUCUUCCAAGACUGAAAUUGAAAUGGAUGGGAAAGUGGUCAACUCUCAUGUUGACAAUUUCUUAGAUGGUGCUCUGGUUCUGGAGGUGGAUGAGCGAGACCAAGAUGAUGAAGAGGCUAGGCGAGAAAUGGCUAGGAUUCUGAAGGAACUGAAGCAGAAGCAUCCAGAGAAGGAAAUAGAGCAAUUAAUAGAGUUAGCAAACUACCAAGUCCUAAGUCAGCAGCAAAAGAGUCGAGCCUUUUACCGCAUUCAGGCUACUCGCCUGAUGACUGGAGCUGGCAACAUUUUAAAGAGGCAUGCCGCUGACCAAGCUAGGAAGGCUGUCAGCAUGCAUGAGGUCAACACGGAAGUGGCUGAAAACGAUCCAGUUAGCAAGAUCUUCUUUGAACAAGGAACCUACCAGUGUCUGGAGAACUGUGGUACUGUGGCUCUGACCAUUAUCCGUCGAGGGGGUGAUUUGACCAACACUGUGUUCGUUGACUUCAGAACAGAGGAUGGGACAGCCAAUGCUGGGUCUGACUAUGAAUUUACUGAAGGGACUGUGGUCUUUAAGCCUGGGGAGACCCAGAAGGAAAUUCGAGUUGGCAUCAUUGAUGAUGAUAUCUUUGAGGAAGAUGAAAAUUUCCUUGUGCACCUCAGCAACGUCAAAGUAUCUUCAGAAACUUCUGAGGAUGGCAUACUGGAAGCCAAUCAUGUCUCUACCUUUGCCUGCCUGGGAUCCCCUUGUACUGCCACCGUAACUAUUUUUGAUGAUGACCAUGCGGGCAUCUUUACCUUUGAGGAAGCUGUGACCCAUGUGAGUGAGAGCAUUGGCAUCAUGGAGGUGAAAGUGUUGAGAACAUCUGGAGCUCGAGGAAAUGUUAUUGUUCCCUAUAAAACCAUUGAAGGAACUGCCAGAGGUGGAGGGGAGGACUUUGAGGACACUUGUGGAGAGCUCGAGUUCCAGAACGACGAGAUUGUCAAAACAAUAUCAGUCAAGGUAAUUGAUGAUGAGGAAUAUGAGAAAAACAAGACCUUCUUCCUUGAGAUUGGAGAGCCCCGCCUGGUGGAGAUGAGUGAGAAGAAAGCCCUGUUGUUGAAUGAGCUUGGUGGCUUCACAAUUACAGAAAAUAGUGCAAUCUACUCUGCUGAUUUUCUACCUGUCCUUUUGCUAGGCCAACCUGUCUUCAGGAAAGUUCAUGCUAGAGAUCAUCCUAUUCCCUCUACUGUAAUCACCAUUGCAGAUGAAUAUGAUGACAGACAGCCACUGACCAGCAAAGAGGAAGAGGAGAGGCGCAUUGCAGAAAUGGGGCGCCCUAUCUUGGGAGAACACACCAAGUUAGAAGUGAUCAUUGAAGAAUCCUAUGAGUUCAAGAGUACUGUGGAUAAACUCAUUAAGAAGACAAACCUGGCCCUUGUGGUCGGGACAAACAGCUGGAGGGAACAGUUCAUUGAAGCCAUCACGGUCAGUGCUGGAGAAGAUGACGACGAUGACGAAUGUGGGGAGGAGAAGCUGCCCUCCUGUUUCGAUUACGUGAUGCACUUUCUGACCGUGUUCUGGAAGGUCCUCUUUGCCUUCGUCCCCCCUACAGAAUACUGGAAUGGCUGGGCCUGUUUCAUCGUCUCCAUCCUCAUGAUUGGCCUGCUGACAGCUUUCAUCGGAGACCUGGCUUCCCACUUUGGAUGCACCAUUGGCCUGAAAGAUUCCGUGACUGCAGUGGUGUUUGUUGCACUUGGAACUUCGGUGCCAGACACCUUUGCCAGUAAAGUGGCAGCCACCCAGGACCAGUAUGCUGAUGCCUCCAUAGGUAACGUCACUGGCAGCAAUGCUGUGAAUGUCUUCCUGGGAAUCGGCGUGGCUUGGUCCAUUGCCGCCAUCUACCAUGCAGCCAAUGGGGAACAGUUCAAAGUGUCCCCUGGCACAUUGGCUUUCUCUGUCACUCUCUUCACCAUUUUUGCUUUCAUCAAUGUGGGAGUGCUGCUGUAUCGGCGGAGGCCAGAAAUUGGAGGUGAGCUAGGCGGGCCCCGGACUGCCAAGCUCUUGACAUCCUGCCUCUUUGUGCUCCUGUGGCUCUUGUACAUUUUCUUCUCUUCCCUGGAGGCCUACUGCCACAUAAAAGGCUUCUAAAGGAACAACCAGAUCUAGCAAAUUUAUAUAUAUAUAUAUACAUAUAUAUACAUAUAUACAUAAAAAUUAUGUAUAAUGAACAGAGGAAACUGACAUUUGUCAUGUUCACUUACCUGCUGAUGGAAUCCAGCUUCAAGAGCAUACUCUGUACUAGGGCCGAAGUAAGAAACCAUCACCUUCCAUUCCUGGGGCAUCAUCAUGUUGAACAAGGCAAGGCUCAAUGACUGCAGCGCAGCCUACAAGGGCUGUACUCUCCAGGUUGAUAUAUUGCUAAGGCUUUGAUAUGUUUUGUUGUUUUCUGAUGUUGUUUUCAGUGCAGUUUGGGAGGUGGUUGAUACUUGGCUUUUGUUUCUCAUUCUAUUUCAUUUUGUUUUCUUGGGAGGCUCAGGAUUUUGCUUCUCUUUUGGAAAGCGAUGGCCCAUCCAGAUGCAAAUGAAUUUUUGAUUUUUUUGAGAAAAAUAUAGUCAUUAAGAUCUCCCUCACCUCCCCCCAAAUACUUAAAAAGUUAUUUUGAUUUAAGAAAGAAUCUGAGCAUGGAAGAAGAAAAGAAGCAUGUGUUUGCUGUUUCCAAAGUCUAUGCUUGUCUCCAGAAAGUAAGCCUAGGCUAGGCUGCCUCCAAGAAACAUCAUGGGAGCUAGAAUGGAGCCAGGAAUACUGAUGCUUCUAUAAGUAGCUUGGGAUCUAAAGCUAUUAUGCCUGGCAUUCUUGUUCAACAGGUACAGCGUGAAUGUGCCUAGAUU